AUGGCUUUCUUACAAGUUGGCGGUGCUUCAAGCAUAAGCGUCUCUGAGCAAAUCAAACAGGAGAUUCAACGGUUCGAAAGCGUUCAUCCUUGCAUUUACGCCAUUUAUGAUCUCGUCGAGCUGAUUUCGGAUUCGCUGAUCGCUCAGCAGAUACGCGACAGCGUUGUCUCAAUCGAAGACAUCGAUUUCCCAUCACAGUUUUUGCCACCGCCAUUGGUCGAAAUUGAAGUCAUGGUGAUGAACCAGGUGCCAAUGUCCCUUACGCUUGUGAACGAGUUAAGCGUUUUGCAGCUGCGGUACUAA